AAGAAACAGAAAGCUAUUUCAGCAAUCAUGGUAAAGAAAAAAGGGUCCAGCUAAAGUUGGGUGCUUUAAUUGGUUGCUGCUCACCUUAUUAAGAUGCUGCCUCCCCUCCACUCCUAUUCAAAAUUUGAACCAAAAUCCAAAAACCCACUUCAAAUUACUCCAUUCUGCAUCAAACCCACAUUUCUUUUUAAGUCCUUUUUGAAUGUUUUUGAGAGUAAUAGUAGUGAAGAAGACUAUGGAAAUGGAAUAAGAGAGUGAAGAAAAGAAAAGAACAGGAAAUUAAGUUUCAAGAAUGAGCACAGCUAGGUUUAUCAAGUGUGUAACUGUUGGUGAUGGAGCGGUUGGAAAGACAUGCAUGCUCAUUUCUUACACGAGCAAUACCUUCCCCACUGAUUACGUUCCUACGGUGUUUGACAACUUCAGUGCUAAUGUAGUUGUUGAUGGCAGCACAGUCAAUCUUGGCUUGUGGGAUACUGCAGGACAGGAAGAUUAUAACAGAUUGAGGCCUUUGAGUUAUAGAGGUGCAGAUGUGUUUCUUUUGGCCUUUUCCCUUAUCAGCAAAGCUAGCUAUGAAAAUAUUUCCAAGAAGUGGGUACCUGAGCUUAGGCAUUAUGCACCAACUGUACCAAUUGUACUGGUGGGAACCAAACUUGAUUUGCGAGACGACAAACAGUAUUUGAUCGAUCAUCCUGGUGCUACACCAAUCACAGCUGCUCAGGGGGAGGAACUGAAGAAAAUGGUAGGUGCUGCAGUUUAUAUAGAAUGUAGUUCAAAGACUCAACAGGUUAGUAACCAAAUCUCUUCCUCUUCGAUCCACAGAAAAUGUGAAAGCAGUGUUUGAUGCAGCAAUCAAGGUUGUUUUGCAGCCUCCUAAACCGAAAAAGAAAAAAAGGAAAGCAAGACCAUCAUGCUUUUUUCUGUAAAUCAAUUCUUCCAUUGUUAACAUGCCAGUACUCUGUCUCUCUGGCCUUUUAUUUUUUUCUUCUUCUUCUUCUUGUACUACAUUUUUCACUAAACUUCUUUGCUUUCUGUAAUGUAAUAUGUUAUAAUUACUUGGAAUAUAUAUGUUACUGAUAAUCAAGUUUGAGUACUGUUCUGAAGUAUCAA